AUGGUUCUAACUAGAUCUUCUACCCGAAAGAAUGUAUCACUAGACGUUGAACAACUUACCACUACGAACGAUUCAAAUAAUUCCAUUUACAGUCCAUUAUCUUGUAGUUCUCCAAACAACCAUUUAACAGUUAUGGAAAACUCCAAUAUGAAUAACCAAGUGUUUAAUUAUCCAAUUGUUAACGACAAUGUUAAAUUACCACCUUUUUGGAUUUCUUGCCCACAAGCAUGGUUCAUUCAGACUGAAAUACAAUUCAAUAUAAAACAAAUAACAGAUGAUACCACAAAGUAUCAACAUGUUAUUGUAGCACUUCCACAGGAAGUUAUCAUUAAGAUAUUAGACGUUUUACAGAAGCCACCUACUUUAAAUAAAUGUGAGUUUCUUAAAAAUACCUUAUGCGGACGAUUUUCCCUUAGUGAAGAAAAGAGACUUGAACAAUUAUUUUCUGAUAAACAGAUUGGUGAUCGUAGACCUUCAGAAUUUUAUAGAGAUAUGUCUAAUGUAGCCGGAUCAGUUUCAUUAAUAGGAAAAGAUCUUCUUUAUAAACUUUGGUUACGCAAACUUCCAAAGGAACUACAAGUUCAUUUAACAUCUUCGAAUUUAGAAAAUUUAGAUGACAAAAUCAAGCUUGCUGAUAAAAUUUGGGAUGUUUUGAGUAAGAAUCAAAUAUAUCAAAUUAGUUCCAAUUGUAAUAAUCAAUAUAUAAUUCAGCAAUUUUCAACUAUUUCAUCUCAAAUUUGUCAAAAUUUAGAUAAAUUGGGCUUAGAGGUUUCAGAGCUUAGAUCAUCUAGACAAAGAAAUAUGAGUUAUCCCAACUACCGAAGGAAAUCUAGAAGUAGAUCACGUCAAAAGUUUGAAAAAUGUUGGUACCAUUUUAAAUUUGGCUCAAAUGCUCAUAAGUGUAUUCCCCCAUGUAACUUUACCUCAAAUGAUACUAAUUUAAAUUAA